CCCUGCACUGCAUCCCCGCGGGGCUCGCGGAAGCCGCUGGCGGAACCGAUUUGCCAGGCGGGGACACCGCGGGCGACAGCGGCACGAGCGGCGGAAGCGCCGGCUCCGCGUUGGCGGAAGCGCUGCAAUCCGUGUUCGACGCGUGGGUGAAGCCGCACGUGGGAGGGGGGAGCGGUGGCGCAGCUGGGUCCGCCGUCGCUCUGGGGAGAAGCAGCAGCAGCGGCGGAGGGGAAGGCGGGCUGGCGGGGGACGAUGCGGACGGGCGCAUACCCUCUGCCUCGAGCGAGCAGCUGACGUCGCUGCUGACGUCAGGAACCGGAGCAGCGGGGGAAGCCGUUCAUUUGCCUGGUGCGGAGGGGGCGGUGGAACUGGUGGGGGCGGUAGCUGUGGGUCCGUGGCGGCUGCAGCUGCUGGCCGGCGCGUUCAGGGUAGCUGCGGCGGUGGUGGGCGGGGAGGAUGAUGGCGUGCCUACGGAGAAACGCGGAGGCACAGCAGGAAGCGCGGGGGAGAAGGCUCUGGAGAGCGUGGUCGGCCAAUACGUCGCUGCCACGUCAGCUCUGCUGUCGAACUCGAUAAAUCUUUUGCAGGGUGGCAUCAUGGCACGUUGCUCUGACUCCCCUGCCACUAGGUGA